CGAGCGCAACUGUUCAAGAGAAAUAAUUAUCGAGUGUCUAUGUGCAGCGUCAUCCGUAAACUCUUUGAAUGAUGACGUCGAGGAGUGACGCAAGAUAUUUUACUUCUCAAAAGAAAGGGGAAGUAGCAGAGUGGCGGGAUGAAAUUCAUGAUCCCGACAGAGACAAAAGAAAGAACGCCGUAAAGAAAGCAGUAAUCGCAGCUAUGACGGUUGGGAAGGACGUUUCUAUGCUGUUUACCGAUGUGGUCAACUGCGGGCAGACUGAUAGCGUGGAGCUCAAAAAAUUGGUGUAUCUUUACUUGAUCAACUAUGCCAAGACACAACCUGAUCUUGCUAUAUUGGCAGUGAACACUUUUGUGAAGGAUUCUCAAGACCCAAAUCCGCUUAUUCGUGCCCUGGCUGUUCGAACAAUGGGAUGUAUCCGUGUGUCAAAGAUAAUCGAAUAUCUUUGUGACCCGCUUCACAAGGCACUUCUUGAUCCAUACGUGAGAAAGACAGCUGCAAUAUGUGUUGCAAAGCUCUAUGAUGCUGGUCCAGAGAUGGUGACUGAGCAUGGUUUUGUUGACCAUCUGAGAGAACUCCUUGAUGACAGCAACCCGAUGGUUGUGGCUAACUCCGUAGCAGCUCUCGCAGAGAUCCGAGAGAAAUCUUGUAGCCCCGACAGUACAGUUGGCUUAGACUCAAAAGUUGUCCACAAAUUGCUUGCUGCACUAAAUGAAUGUACCGAAUGGGGUCAGGUCUUUAUAUUGGACACACUCUCGUCAUAUGUCUCCCAAGGUGAUCAGGGUGCUGAACGUGUUAUUGAACGUGUAUUACCACGUCUACAGCACGCUAACUGUGCGGUCGUUCUUUCUGCAGUGAAAGUAAUUGUUGUUCAGCUAGAAGAUUUACGAGACCCAGCGAGAGUGCAACAGCUUGUCAGAAAGUUAGCGCCUUCGCUCGUCACAUUACUUAGUGCAGAGGCAGAAAUACAAUACGUUGCACUACGAAACAUUAACUUAAUUAUCCAAAAAUAUCCUGAUAUCCUGAAGAGUGAGGUGAAGGUUUUCUUUUGCAAAUAUAAUGACCCCAUUUUCGUCAAACAGGAAAAAAUAGAAACCAUACUCGCAACUGAACGAAAUAUUGAUCAGGUUUUGCUUGAGUUCAAAGAGUAUUCCAAAGAGGUCGAUGUUGAGUUCGUGAAGAAGGCGGUCCAAGCUAUUGGCCGCUGCGCCAUCUCAAUAGAACAAGCCGCUGAACGUUGCAUCAGUGUUCUCCUUGAAUUGAUUGAGACAAAGGUCAAUUACGUUGUACAGGAAUCCAUAGUGGUCAUCAAACACAUCUUUCGACGUUACCCGAAUCAGUACGAGGGUAUAAUUGAGUGUCUGUGUGACUCGUUGGACACUUUGGAUGAGCCCGAAGCGAAAUCUUCGAUGAUUUGGAUCAUUGGUGAGUAUGCUGAACGCAUCGACAAUGCUGAAGAACUUCUCGAAGCUUUCCUUGACACUUUUCUUGAAGAAACACCUGAGGUUCAGCUGCAAUUGCUCACCUCGACAGUAAAGCUAUUCCUGAAGAAGCCUGCAACUGGACCACAAAUUCUUAUCCAAAAUGUUCUACAUCAGGCAACCAUAGAAACUGAUAAUCCUGAUCUCCGGGAUCGAGCUUUUGUAUACUGGCGACUUCUUUCAUCUGACCCUGAGUCCGCCAAAGAUGUUGUCUUGGCGAUGAAGCCAACCAUACGGGAUGACUUGACGAACUCUCCUCAAACCGAGUUGUUGCAAGGCUUCUUAAGGCAGCUAAGCACGCUGAGCUCAAUUUAUCACAAACUCCCGCCAUUAUUCGUUCCGCACGAUCCCUUGCGAACACGCCUCCUGUACGGGCAAAGUGGUGAAACUAAGAAUACAGGCCUGGAUGGUAGUCUCACUAACCUUCACGAGAACCAAGAAAUUGUCUCGGGAAAGAAAGCCAAUCCUGACCCUUUAGUCGAUUUGAUGGAUGGCACGAACUUAAAAGAAGAAAAACUUGGGAAUUCGAAGAACGCGGACACAAUUCAGUUGGCAGAUCCCGUGACUAACGAAUUCAGACUUUUCUAUCCGUCCGAAUCCACGUUACUGUCUGCAGAUAAAGGUGCGGGACUCGAAAUAAGCGGGGUAAUAAUGCGCGGUGAAGAUAACUUGCCCUGUUACAGCCUCAAACUAACCAACCAUACAUCAGUUCAUAUUGAUCAUUUUCAGUUCCAAUUCAAUAAGAACUCUUUCAUGUUGGCACCAUGCAGCCAGCUGCAAUAUUCAAAGGUUGCCCCAAACGAAAGCUUUCGAUGUUUGUUGCGUUUAUCAUUCUCAGGUAGUUCUUCAGAAAAGACAGCGAGUCCGUGGCUUCAAGUUGCAGUUAAGUCUUCGCAUCAAUGCGGAGAAGUAUUUUAUUUCAACGAUCGAGUUCCUCUAGAAUCUGUGCUUUUACCCGAAGGUAGGUUGGAGUAUGAAAAAUUUGUGCAGCUUUGGAACUGUGCGACAGAUGAGUACGUAGCACAGUGCCAGAUGUCCGAGCUAUUAACCCCCGAAGCGGUAAUAAGGGCUUUUGAUAGUCUUAACGUGUUUGCCUGCUCGCCUGCGUCGUUUUCAGAAAGUGAUAACAGUUCUGUAUAUCUUUCAGCAAAGGCUCCGGGGCCUCAUGAGGAACAGUGGAUUUUGGUCAAAAUCACUUUCACUUCUACAGUCGGAUACCUGGAGAUAUCAUCGCGGUCAUUUAUUAAGGGUUAUGCUGAUAUGAUUUACAACUCUUUGCGACGGCUGCUUUUAGGGCUGUAAAAUACUAUUCAUACCUUCGAAGGUACUUUCGUGUUAUUCAUUUUUCAUCACUCU